GGCAGUCUCCCACUUUGGACUACACACCUUCAGUCUUUUUCCUUUUCCUUGAUUUCAAACUAUAUUUGCUGGAUCUUCAAGGGGUGGAGAUCCAGGUUCCAAGAGCGGACUGGAGAUGCUGAAGACAAACAAGAAGAAGCGAGCUCGGAGGACCAGCACCAACCUCUCGAAAGCAGCUCUCCACCUCGCUGUGCACACAGACAGUAAUUUGCACCUUGCUCCUAUCCUUCGUUUGGAUCCCAGUGCAACAUUCUCCGUUUCCAACAGUACCAGAGGGACCCAUUUCAUAUUUGGACCUGUGGCUGGUGCUGCUGCGGUGACAGCUCUCCAUUUGGCUCAGACUCAGGCCCAGAUUGCUCUCCAGCAGCUUGCCUCUCUAUCGACUAUAACUGUUGGCAACCAGUAUCACAACAACAGGUUUGCAGCAGCAGUACCUCCUCACCUGGCCCUCCUGAGUCUUCUCAAUAGACAAGAGGUGUCAGCUGUUGGGAUUAACUGCAAAACCAACAGAACCACACGACACCACACGUGUCUUCCUGCUGCCAUGUACCACCACCACUCGCAGCAACAGGGGCCACAGCCCUUCUCAAAUGGGCCCAGGCCUCAUCAUCAGCCACAUCCAAAUCAACACCAGAAUCGCACUCCCUCUGAUAUGCUGUCGCAGGUGAUGGGUUUCCAAUUUCCCCGUCCCACCCAGCUCCCCGAUGAGCUAGAGUCUGCUUUGGCUAUCAGGGGUGUCAGGGACAUGGACCACCGUCUCAUUGACCACAUGAACCCAUCAAACCAACACCAGAACCAAGGUUCAGGUUCUGGCAUCAGUCAGCAUGGAACCUACGGAUCUAACCCAAUAACACUUACCUCUGAUAGUCAGCCUGGCCACCAGCAAGGAAUAGACUGGUCAAGCUACCAACCUCCAACUAAACUGUUUGCCAGUCCUCCACCUAGUGGCAGCCACCAGUCACAACGACACCAGGGGCCUCAACAGCAGCCCGAGAGCAGCCACAUGGGAACAAGCAUCCCAAACUGGACUGCCCCUUUAAGUGACUCGUCGUCGCCCCAAGCCCGGCACCCUGGAAGUGGUAGCGGUGGGGAUGGUCAGGGUUUGUACACACCAGAGAGUGCAGGAAGUAUCUUGGCCAGUUUUGGACUUUCAAAUGAGGACUUAGAAGUGCUGAGUCACUACCCUGAUGAUCAGCUAACCCCAGAUACUUUACCAUUCAUACUGCGUGACAUCCAAAUCAACAAGUCUGGCAAUCAGAAAACUGUGGCUUCUACUUCCGCAUCCUCGUUCUCAAGCAGCAUCCAUGAUAUGCCACUGCCACCUUCCCGCUCUUCGCCAUUGCCACGUUCACACUCCCCGGAAGUGCCAAGCCUUCUUACUGUUACACAGACAGCAGGUAAAGUCAUUGACUAUGGUCAUGCCAGUCGGGCAAAGGAUGAGAAUAGUACCAGAGAAACUUUCAAAAGAGAGCCGCUCUCCAAUGAAAGGACAGUUAAAAUGUACCCGUCCUCAUCCUCAUCAGCAUCUAAAGCAGAAAAAGCAGAAAGGCGGCAGGUUCAUUUGGAACACACUGAACCAAGCAAGCACGGAGACCGGGACUAUCGGCGAACAAGUAGCGACCAUCGCAAGAGCAGUCGGUCACCUGGGAGAGAAUUACCACCAUCAUCCAAAUCUCGUAAUCUAGACCGAGACUACAGGCACGAGGGACCCAAACCAAGGCCCUCGUCUGAAACCAGGAGUGAUGAUUCCUCGAGAAGGUCUAUCUCUUCAUCUGGCUCAAAAACCCACCGGAGCAGCAAGAAGUUACCUACACCUACCAUGAUAAGUGAUUUCUCAGCUGCAUCUCCAAAGGUGUAUCCCCAUACCUGCUCCCUGUGCCACAUACAGUGUGAUCAGGAAAAGGACUGGGUUGACCAUAUAAACACCGUCAACCACACCGCUGCCUGCAGAGACCUGCGCAACAAGUACCCACACUGGAAACCAAAUCCACCAAGUCGGAGUGGACAAUAUGGCAGCCGGGCUCUAUGGGAUCUCAAGGAUCACUCUCCAUCCCAUUCCGUAUCUAGAUCCCUCUCUGGUUCGCCCACCCCAGGUCCUCCUCACAGCAAACACGAGCUGGGCCCCCAUCCCCACAGGCCACACGGGAAACUCUACUCUCCUCACCCUCGCUGCCACCAAUACACAGAACACAGCCAUCGGUUGGAGCACCGCCACUCUGGCUCACGCAGUCCUUCCCACGCACAUCGAACCUCCGCAUCCUCCAGAGAGCAUCGGCCUGAGAGGAGGGACAGGGAUUCAUCAGGAGGUCCUUCUCGCAGCAGUCUGAAGCGUCCACGCGAUGAUUCUUUCAAGUGCUCCACUGACACCAGCCGACAUCCAUCCUCCUCUAAGAUGGGUCUGAACAAACAUGGACUGUCACAGUCCAACACAAAGACUGUCAGGAGUGGGAUAAAGACUGGAGCUAAGAUGCCAAAGACGGCAAGUGCCAAGGCCACUGACACAUCUGUGAAGCCUCCUCUGGCGAAGAAGAAGAAGAGAAUGGUGACUCCAGCCUCUCAGGACUCGUCUGUUGCAGAACGUCUGGUUUAUCUGACGGGCAUCCCAAACGAUGCCUCUGAGCAGGAAGUUACUGACUUAGUUGGGUCCUUCGGCAAGAUCAACAACGUGAUCCUCAUGCCGUGCUCUGAGGAAGAGAGCAAGAAGGGCGAAGGACAGAAGGCAUCCGUAUGCAUGGUGAAAGCAGAAGAUGCCCAGGCACUGGCCAAAUCCACGAGUCUGUCCAUCAGAGAUCAGCAAAUCACUGCUUCAAUAGCCAAGAAACCUGAAGAACGUCAGUCCUCUGAUGCCAACAACAGCAAACCUGCUUCAGGAAAGGAGAAGGCUGCUGCAGGAGAAGACUCAGGAGGUGAGGCUGACCAGAAGACUUCUAAUGAGAAAGGCCUGGUGUUGAUCACUGGACUUCCUGAGGGUAGCUGGUCAGAGUGUGACAUCAUCAAGCUGAUCCAGCCCUUUGGCACGCCUUCUGACAUCAUCCUGGCCGCACAAAUCGGAAAGGUGCUUGUGUCAGUGCCAGACAUGGAGAUUGCUCAAGAGAUCGUCAAAGUUCACACCUUCAUCCCCGCGAAGAUCAACAACUCAGAGCUGAAGAUAAUCCAGGUCAAACAGCGUAUUGGCCACAGCACACCGGUGGCUCUUUACAACCUGCUGAUGGGAUCAGUGGACCCAUUAGAGAGUCCGGUCCCUGUUGGCUGGAGCACCCUCCUGGUGAUCAGUAAUGUUCCCAACACGCCGUCUGGCUCCUAUGAGGUCCAGAAACUGGUGCGACGCUUCGGUACCGUCAUCAAGACUCUAGUGCUCAACAACACGGUCAUCUGCGAGAUGGCGACUGCAGCCAUGGCUUUGUCCGUUUACAAGCGCUUCCAGACGUUUCCGUGUAUCAUCCAGAACAACCCUCUGUUCUUCUCCCGCAAGCCAGACCCCAAAGCGAACACACAGACAAAAGUCAUCACUGCGUACCUGGAUUCCCCUGAGGAUACACCCGCAAAUGGCAAGAGCAGCCAAGUAUCAGCAGCUGCAGACAAAGAGGAGACGUUGCAGAAAGAGAGGUCUGAAUCUGCUCUGGAGGGGAUGGAAAACAACACUGUGGGGACAGACGAGAAGACAACGAGCACGGAGAAGAUGGUCGGUGAAGAAGAAGCUCUGGGAGAAAACGAGAUCAAAAAAGACGAGUUUACCGGUGCUGCACCAGACACCAAAUCAGAGGCAGGGUUGGAUACAGACAUGAGGGAAACAGCUGCUAAAACUAUCAUGGAGACAGCAGACGAGAGCAAAGGAGUCAAUGCAUCCGAAGCAGGAAAUGACAAGACUUCAGCUGGCGAAGAGACAAAUCUAUCGAGCCCCCUUGGCAAAGCAGCUUCGGGGGAGAUGCUCGUGCCAGAGCUGCCAAAGGUUACUCAAGAGAUGGUGAACGCGUUGCUGGUGGAGUGCCGAACAAGAACCGCUAGCCAUCCCAACAACAACACCAACACAGCCACUUCCUCCUGUGGAGAAAAGGGGGAAACACAAAUGGAGACAGAGCAGGGUGAAAAGCCAGCAGAGGAGACAAAAGAGGCCAAGAACCACACAGAGGAGGAGAUGAAGAAGCAGGAGAGGGAGAGAAAAGAGAGGGAAGCGAGAAAGGAGAAGGAGGUGAGGGAACGAGAGAGGAAGGAGAGGGAGAGGAGGGCCUGGGAGAAGGAGGAGAGGGCUAAGAGGGAGAGGGAGUGGGAAGAAAGAGCCAGGAGAGAGAGGGAGUGGGAGAGGAGGGAGAGAGAGAGGAGGGAGAGAAAGAGAGCGUACGGCGAAGGUGUGUCAACAUCGAGGUCAUCCUGCAGGUCAGAGGGAUACAAGCAGAGCUGCUGGAGGGAUGUACACAGUAACGGCUCAGAGGUCAGAAUGCUGGAGGAGGACGAGGAGUUCCCAUUCAACAUGAGUGACUUUGUGACAGUCGAUGAAGUAGGAGAUGUCACCGACCUUCCUCGUUCUCCUUCGCCUGUUGUUCCCCAGGAAACUAUAGACGGGACCCAACAGGACCCUCCAGGGGACACGCCCACAGAGGUUGCCACAGAAACAACAACAUCAGAUGCAACAGUGACCCCAGUGAAGUCUGGUGAAGGAGUACCAGAGUGUGUGUCAGCAGCUCAGACUCUGGUCAUCACUGCUGCAGCACCCUCCUCCUCACCAGCCUCACAGGCUGACUCGUCUCCCAGACAAACACACGAACCAACAUGUCACCCAGCAGCACCUGAGACAGAAACCACACCCACAGCCGCUCUGGACUCAACCUCAGAGGUUGAACGACUUUCCCCGUCCGCCCCAGCAGCUGCAGGCAGCCCACCUGAAGCUGCCCCAGCAGACACCUCCUUAAACAGCCCAGCCACAGGGGAAGUGACUGCAGAGAGUGGGGAGGAUAAGACAGAGGAAACUGCUCUCAAUCACAGCAAGGCCAAGGAGGAGGAGGAGGUGGUGCAGGAGCAAGAGGACAAACAGACAGGAGUCCCUGCAGCUUAUACAGGAAAACAAGAGAGGUCUGAGGACCAAACGAACAAACAAGAGGAGAGCAUGAAGAAGAAAUUACAGAAGAAACCUCCCAUGGGCAAAGAAUACUCCCUCCCUCCGUUUGACCCCAGCAACCCAGUUGGUAUGGAGUUCUUAGUCCCAAAGACGGGUUUCUUCUGUAAGGCGUGUAAUAGAUUCUUCAGCGGAGCCAAAGAGGCCGAGAUCAACCACUGCAGAACGGCCAAACACUACGAGAACCUCCAGAAAUACCUGCAGACCACAAAGACAGUGAACGAGACCAUCAAUCCUGAGUCCAACUGAAUAUGGCUCUGAAACUCUCAACUAAAUUUUGUCAUUCCCAUCCUUUUGUAUUUUGUCUUUGUUUCUCACUGAAGGUCCAGGUUGUCAUGUUGCAGUAGAUUAGUCGCCUCCUAUCUCUGUAUCUAUCUUGUACAAUUAAAAAUGAGUGGAAGUGUACAUUGGAAAAUGGCACUCUGUAUGAACUGUGCACAGGUAAUAAAAAGUCUUGACCAAA